UGGGGGUGUGGGUAAAACCACACUCGUCAAAGAGGUCGCUGGAAAAGCCAACGAGAGACAGCUUUUUAGUGAAGUGGUAUUGGUUACAAUAAAGCAAACACCAGACAUGCGGAAGAUCCAGGAGGAGAUUGCUGAGAAGCUAGGCAUGACAAUCAGCGAGAACAGCAUAGAUAUGAGAGCCGCUCGACUUCGUAAAAGACUAGGGAAAGAGAACAGGGUUCUUAUUAUUUUGGAUGAUAUUUGGAAGUUCCUGGAUAUCGGGGCACUCGGAAUUCCUUCAGCAGACCAACACAAGGGAUGCAAGAUCUUAAUAACUUCAAGGAAGCUAGAUGUGUUGAACUCGAUGGGUUCUCAAAAAAGCCUUCCAAUUGAUGUGCUGAAAGAAGAUGAAGCAUGGAACCUGUUUAAGGACGUGGCUGGUCCUAUUGCCGAAAGAUCUGACUUGCAAUCUACAGCAAUGAAAGUCGCCCAAAAAUGUGCUGGACUGCCACUCGCUAUUACAACAGUUUCAAAGGCUUUGAAACAUAAGGAGAAUUUGUCUGAAUGGAAGGAUGCUCUGGAGCGGCUAAAACCCUCUGAAAUAAACUCCGAAGGCAUAACAGCUGAAGCAUACUCAGCCAUAGAGAUGAGCUACAGAUAUUUGGAAAGGGAGGAACUUAAAUACACUUUCUUGCUCUGCAGUAUAAUGGAUCAUGAUGCUGCCAUCGAAGACUUGCUGAAAUAUUGUAGGGGCUUGGGUUUAUUUCAUCGCCUUGACACGAUAGAAAAAGUGCGAGACAGAGUGUUGACACUGGUUAACGAGCUCAUAGAGUCUUCCCUGUUACUUGCUGGUUCUACAUCUGAAAGAUUUGAUAUGCAUGAUGUUGUCCGUGAUGUUGCCAUUUCAAUUACUUCUAGGGACCUUCGUUGGCUUGCUUUAGGAAAGGAAGAUGUAAUUGAAGAGUGGAAGGAUACAAUGAGAAACUCUCAUCUUGUUAGCUUAAAAUAUGCUAAGGUUAGUGAGCUUCCGGAUGAGUUGGAAUGUCCAGACCUUACAUUUUUCUCUACGGAUGACUCUGUGGAAGUUCCCGACAACUUUUUUAAGGGAAUGCAAAGACUCAAUGUCUUGGAAUUUGAUGGAACAAAUUUUACAACUUUGCCUUUCUCCCUUGGUUUCUUGAAAACUCUCUGUACAUUGCGUUUGAUAGGCUGUGAUGUAGAAGAUAUAGCUAUCUUAGGAGAGUUGGAAAAUUUGGAAAUCCUUGACCUCCGUUGCUCUGGAAUGAAAAUGCUACCAAAGGAGAUAGGACAGUUGACAAAGCUAAAAUUGCUAGACUUGAGUGACUGUGAUGAUCUUGAAGUAAUACCACCAAAUGUGUUGUCAAAGUUAUCCAAAUUAGAAUAACUAUACCUAUACAAUAGCUUUGAUGGAUGGGAGAUUGAGGGAAUUGAGAAUCCAAGAAGCAAAGCUAGUCUUAUGGAGUUGCAGCAUUUAUCUCGUCUAACCACUUUGGAAGUACAUAUUCCUGAUGUGGAAGCCAUACCAA